AGUAGUGGGAAGAUGGCGUCCGGGAAGUUGUUGACAGUUGUAUUUCUGAACAUUUUCUACAGUUUCGGGUCUUCGUCUUUGUUCUUCGACAUCGGAGACAGCGAGAGCAAAUGUUUCAUAGAAGAUAUUCCGGACCAGACGCGACUUAUCGGAAACUAUCGGACUCAGCUGUACGACAAACAGAGAGACGAGUACCUGACGCCCAGUCAGAGCGUCAGUUUGUCUGUCAAAGCAAAAGAUCCUGAUGACGAGCUGGUUCUGUCUCGCUCUCAUGUCUCAGACGGCAGAUUCAUAUUCACGUCACAGAAAGCAGGAAGACAUGUAAUCUGCCUGCAGUCAGACUCACAGCGCCCCCUGCCUGCUGGAGCCAUGCUGAGGGUCCACCUGGAGAUCAGAGUCGGCGAACAAACAAACAACUACACAUCGAUCGCCACCGUAGACAAACUGACAGAGCUGCAGCUGAGAGUCCGACAGCUGGCGGAGCAGGUCCAGCAGAUCCAGAAAACACAGGAAUAUCUGAGGUUGAUGGAGAAAGAUUUCCGUCAGGUCAACCUCAACAUCUACAUGUGGAUCUUCUGGUGGCCGGUGGUCCGCUCGCUCUACACGGUGCUCGUCAUCAUCUGGUUCACUAAGUCCUGGUGAAAACUUCUUCAGUAUACUUUGGACCUACGAGGACACAAAUAUUAAGGGACAAAGUAUGAACAUGAAUAUUUCCAGAAUAUCAAUAAUUAAAAAGAGUUUGAAUUUAUUGAGAACCCCCAAACCAGAGGACCGGGACCAGGACCCUCAAGAGGAUUGGCUCACCUGGAGAAGGCGGACACAGAUACGAGUCCCAGCAGGAACUCGAGGGCGUAGAAGCAGAGCAGCACGGAGCAGAGGAUGACCUCCAGCCGCAGGACGAAGGUCUGCAGCAGCAGGUAGUAAACCGCCAGCGCCGCGCACGGCAGCAGCGUGAAGAGCGCCACGCUGGUCGCCAGGGAGCGCUCGCACAGGUUCCCCUUCCAACC